UUCAGAGCUUUCCUUUGGUGGAUCCCUUUAAGAAGGAUGGAUCUGUCAGAGCUUGGAGAGGCUGUGACCUUCCUCAGAACAAGCAAGGCUGAGCUGCUUCUGCUACAGGCCACGGCCUUUGAUGCUAAGACUCAUCAGAAGAAGAAAUGCUGGAUUCAUGAUAGCAAGAACACUUACGUUGAGGCUGAGGUUAAGGGGAGUGGAGAUGAUGGCAAAAUAAUUGUUGAGACAACAGAUGGAAAGAGUCUGAAUGUCAAGGAGGAGGAAGUUCAGCAGAUGAAUCCUCCACAGUUCGACGUGGUUGAAGACAUGGCCAUGCUGACUCACCUGAGUCAAGCUGAUGUGCUACAUAUCUUGAAGGGGUGCCAUGGCCACUGAGUGAUCUACAUUCCUAUAUAUACCUGUUCGGGUCUCUUCUGUGUGAGCAAGCCCCACCAGUGGCUUCCAGUGCCAAAAGAAGUGGCGGCUUCCUACAAAGGGCUGAGGCGAUCAGAGGGGCCCCCUCACAUCUUCGGUGUUGCCGAGAACGCCUUUCAGGAUACGCUUCACAAUGGAGAGAAUCAGUCUGGAGUCUUCACACAAGUUAAAGGAGAAUCUGGUGCUGGAAAGACUGUGAACACAAAACACAUUAUCUGGUAUUUUGCCACCAUAGCAACCAAGAGUGAAUCUAAGGAAAAGCUGGGGACUUUAGAAGAUCAAAUCAAACAAGUGAAUCCUAUCUUGGAAGUAUUUGGAAAUGCCAAAACCUUGAGAAAUGACAACUCCUCUUAUUUUGGCAAAUUCAUCAGGAGGCACUUUUGUGCCAGAGGCAAGCUGUCAUCUGCAGACAUCGACAUCUAUUUGCUUGAAAAGUCCUGGGUGAUUUUUCAGCAGCCUGGAGAGGACUACCAUGUAGUCUAGCAGAUUCUGUCCGGAAAAAGAGAACUUCAUGAUAUACUCCUGGUGUCUGAAAAGCCCUCUGACUUCCACUUUUGCUGUCAUGGAGAAGUUGCCAUGGAGAGCUCAGAUGAUGCUCAAGAAUUACCAGCCACAGAUCAAGCCAUGGACAUCUUGGGCUUUCUUCCUGAAGAGAAGUAUGGAUCCUAUAAACUCACUGGAGCCAUCAUGCACUUGGGAAACAUGACAUUUAAACAGAAACUCAGAGAAGAGCAAGUGGAAGCAGAUGGCACAGAAAGUGCUGAGAAAGCUGCUUUCCUCAUGGGCAUUAACUCCUCUGAGUUGGUGAAGGGCUUGAUUCAUCCUAGUAUCAAAGUUGGUACUAGAGGUCAAAAUAUAGAACAGGUGACCUCUGCUGUUGGUGCCUUGUGCAAGUCAAUAUAUGAAAGGCUGUUUAAGUGGCUGGUGACACGUAUCAACAAGGCCCUGGAUUCCAAGCUAUCAGGGCAGUUCUUCAUUGGCAUUCUGGACAUCACUGGUUUUGAAAUCCUUGAUUAUAACAGCCUUGAGCAACUUUGCAUUAAUUUAACCAAUGAAAAAUCACAACAGUUCUUCAAUCAGCACAUGUUAGUUCUGGAGCAAGAGGAAUAUAUAAAAGAAGGCAUUGACUGGAUGUCCAUGGACUUUGGUCUGGAUUUACAACCCUGCACAGAUCUUGUUGAGAAACCAAUGGACAUCUUUUUCAUCCUUGAAGCGGAAUGUAUGUUUUCUCAGGUUACAGAUGUGACUUUCAAGACAAAACUUUUUGACAACAAUUUUGGAAAGUCGGUUCAUUUCCAGAAGCCCAAGCCUGAUAAGGAGAAGAAAUAUGAAGCUCACCUUGAACUUGUCCAUUAUGCAGGAGUGGUGUCUUAUAACAUCAGUGUCUGGCUUAAAAAAAACAAAGACAUUCCUAAUGAAAGGGUGGUGACUAUAUUUCAAAAGUCAUCUAACAGACUCUUGGAGAAUCUUUUUGUAAAUUACAUCAGUACUGACAGUGCUCUACAGUUUGGGGAAAAUAAACACAAGAAGGGAGCUUCAUUCCAAAUGGUUGCAUCUCUGCAUAAAAUGAAGUUGAAGGACUUGGACACACUUGUGAAGUGCAUUAAUACUUUUAGCAAUUUGCAAAGUGAUUUUGUUUGUUAUGGUGUCUAUUUUAGGAAAACUAAAUUGAUGACUAAUCUGAAAUCAACAGCACCUCGUUUUGUGAGGUGCAUAAAGCCCAGUAUAAACAAAAUGUCAGGUGUAGUGGACCCUCACUUAGAUCUACAGCAGCUGCACUGUAAUGGUUUCUCGGAAGGGAUUAAGAUAUGCCAGGAAGGUUUCCCAAUGACUGCUGAUUUUAAACAAAGGUACUUCAUUCACCUCAUCUUGGCCUUUACUAAUGAUUCUCAAAAAAAUUUUUGUGUGUUUUUAAAAGCUGGCUUUUUUGGGCCAACUGGAAGCAAUGUAAGAUCAAAGACUAUCACAUUGUUCCAAGCCAGAGUACGGGGCACACUGAUGCAAAUUGAAUUCCAGAGGACUCUGGAAAAGAGGCAUGCACUUCUUUCGAUCCAAUGGAACGUGAGAUCUUUCAUGACUGUGAAGAACUGGCCCUGGAUGAGGCUCUUCUUCAAGAUCAAGCCUCUUGUUAAAUCUGCCUGGAUGGGAAUGGAGGUAGCUGGACUGAAGGAAGAGUGUGUGCAACUGCAAAGAGCCUUGGAGAAAUCAGAAUCUCAGAGGGAGGAACUGGAAGCCAAACAAGUCUCCCUCAUUUGGGAAAGGAAUGAUCUGCUUUUUUAGCUGCAGGCUGUGAAGCAAGAGACCCUGGCAAAUGUUGAAGAGCAGUGCGAGUCGCUGAUUAAAUCCAAGAUCCAGCUGGAGGCUAGAGUCAAGGCACUGUCUGCACGGGUGGAGGAAGAGGCGAAGAUAAAUUCUGAGUUGACUGCCAGGGGGCGGAAACUCAAAGAUUAAUGUUCCGAGUUUAAGAAAGAAAUCGAUGACCUGGAAACAAUAUUGGUGAAGUCACAGAAGAAGUGUGCUACAGAGCACAAGGUCAAGUACUUGAGUGAGGAAAUGGAGUUUCUAAAUGAGGAUAUCAGCAAACUUAGCAGAACAGCCAAGGUUGCACAGGAGGCCCAUCAGCAGACCCUGGGUAACCUGUACAUGGAGCAGGAGAAACUCAGCAACCUGGGCAAAGCCAACUUGAAACUGGAACAGCAACUUGAUGAUGCCCUUGAGCAAGAGAAAAAGGUGAAAAAAUGUGAAAGGGAAAAGCGCCAAUUGGAGGGCAAUUUCCAGCUGCACCAGGAAAGUGUGCACCUGGAGAGCAGCCAGCUGCAGCUUACAGAAAAGCUGAGAAAGAAAAAAUUAGAAAUGAGUCAGAUGAAUUCAAAGGUGGAUCAUGAGAAAGGCCUGGUGGCUCAGCUUCAGCAGAUGGUCAAAGAGCUUCAGACUCAAAUACAGCAUUUGAAAGAGGAGCUAGAAGUUAGAAGGACCAUUCAAGUCAAGGUGGAGAGGGACAGAGCUGACCUCACCCAAGAACUGGAAGACUUGAAUGGGAGGCUUGGUCAGGCAGGAGGGGACAGUUGCCAGCUGGGGAAAAAUAAGAGACAGGAAGCGAAAUUACAGAAGCUUUGCGGGGAUAUGGAAAAAGCCACACUGCACUUUGAGGCAACUUCUGCCUCUUUGAAGAAGAGACAUGCUUAUAUCCUGGCUGAUAGCAAGAGCCAGGUAGAAGAUCUGUAAGUCAAACAGAAACAGGAAAAAGACAAGAAUGACUUGCAGCUAGACGUGGAUGAUCAUCUGACCCAUGUUGAGCAGCUGACCAGAGCUAAGGUUAAUGCUGAGAAGCUCUGUAGUAUGUGUAAAGAGUGCUUGAAUGAAACAAAUGUAAAACUAGAUGAAGUGACUCAGCUGGCAAAUAAUCUGACAGCACAGAAGACAAGGCUAUGGAGUGAGAACAAUGAAUUUCUAAGGAGGCUGGAAGAAAAGGAGGCUCUGAUAAAUCAACUUUCCAAGGAGAAAGGCACCUUCAUUUGGAGAAUUGAAGGAUUGAAAGGACAACUGGAAGAGGAUACCAAAGCACAAAAUGCCCUAGCCCAGUACCUGCAGUCAGCCAAGCGUGACUGUGACCUUCUGUGAGAGUAGUAUGAAGACCAGGAGGCCAAGACUGAGCUGCUCCGGGCUCUCUCCAAAGGCAAUGGAAUGCUGCAGUAGAGAAUGAAGUAUGAUGCCAUCCAGAGAACUGAAGACUUGGAGGAUGCCAAAAAGAAGCUGGUGAUUAGGUUGCAGGAGGCUGCUGGAGCCAUGGGGGUGGUCAAUGCCAGAAAUGACUCCCUGGAGAGGGCUAGGCACCGCCUGCAGCUUGACCUGGAAAGCCUGUGGGAUCUGGGGAAGGCCUGCUCCACAGCAGCUGUGUUGGACCAGAAGCAGCAGCACUUUGACAAGUGCCUGGAUGGCUGGAGGCAGAGGCUCGAGGAAUCUCAGGUAAAGCUGGAUGCCUCUCAGGAGGAGGCCGGGACCUCAGCACCGAGCUCCAAGCUCAGGCACACUUGUGAGGAGAGAGCUGUGAGCCAGGAGCUCCUCCAGAGGGAAAACUAAUCCCUACAGGGAGAGAUUUCUAAUCUGACAAAUCGGCUGAGAGAAGAAAACAAGAAGUUAAGUGAAAUGGAAAAGGUCAAGAAAGAGAUUGAACAAGAGAAGGCUGAAGUCCAGGUGGUGCUGGAAGAAGCAUGUAUUACCUUCAGAUGUAAUGAAAGCAAGAAUCUUCAUUUCCAGCUUGAACUCUGAGAUACUAAAACUGAACUUGAAAAAAAGCUUUCAGAAAAAGAUGAAGAAAUAGAAAAUUUGGGGAGGAAACAGCAGUGUGCUAUUGACUCUCUGCAGUAUAGUCUGGAUUCUGAAACCAGGAGCAGAAUUGAGGCUACCCAGCUGAAGAGAAACAUGGAAGGGGUCCUCAAUGAGAUGGAACUCCAGCUUAGCUGGUCAGAGGCAACCAAGUCUCUGGGCCAACUUCAGAUUGAAGUCAAGGACCUGUGGGUGCAGCUGGACGACUGCACACACCUGAAUAGUGAGCUGAAGGAGCAGGUGGCUAUGGCUCAGCGGUGCAACUCUCUUCUCCAGUCUCAACUGGAGGAACUGAGGUCCUUGCAAGAGCAGACAGAAUGUGGGUGCAGGCAGGUAGAGGAAGAGCUCCUGGAAGCCACAGAAAGGAUCCAUCUUUUCCAUACCCAGAAUACAGGUCUCCUCGGCCAGAAGAAGAAACUGGAGGUUGAUGUUGCCAGGAUGCAGAAGGAAGCUGGAGAAGCCGUGUGGAGGUGUUGAAAUGCAGAUGAGAAGGCCAAGAAGGCAGCUGCUGAGGUAGCAAACAUGUCAGAAGAACUGAAGAAGGAUCAAGAUGCCAAUGCCCACUUGGAGAAGAUGAGAAGUAAUAUGGAGCAGACAAUUAAAGACUUACAAAAAAGGCUGGAUGAAGCUGAAAAGUUGGCCUGGGUAAUCAUGGGGCGAAAUGCAGAGGCACAGAGGGGAGCCUGCCGGCUGGAGUGAUGCAUCAAAGAGCUGACUUACCAGGUAGAGGAAGGCAAAGAAAAUCUGAGCAGGAUGCAGACUCUGAUGGAUAAUCUUCAGCUAAAAGUGCAAAGUUACAAGCAGCAAAUUGAGGCAGCGGAAGCACAAGCCAAUCAAUAUCUUUCCAAGUAUAAGAAGCAGCAACGUGAGUUGAACGAAGCUAAGGAAAGGGCAGAGAUAGCAGAAUCUCAAGUCAAUAAACUCAAGAUUAAAAUGAAAGAGUUUGGAAAAAAAGAUAAAAGCUAUGUUUACACCAUGUUUGAAAUAGUGGAAGAAUUACCAACAUGUGACACAGACAUGAAAUGA